CAGAGCCACUCAGCAACGCUGGAACCCACUCAGGGGGGCGUGGGGCCCCUCGUCCCAUGCUGAGAGGGCUUCAGGGGUGGGGUGCAGCCCCUGGCAGACUCGCCGUGCGGCCCAGCGGGCUGGGGAGUGCCAGGGAGGCGGGGGCGAACCUCAUCGGGGGAGGCACGUGUGCCGUUCUCUUUCCCCCGCUGGGAGGGUCUUGGGGCCGGCGACGGGGCAGGUGGCCUCGGAGGCAGAGCCUGCGGGGUGGGGGUGGUGGCCAGGCAGUGUCUGGCAGCAGGGGCACCAUGGCCACCAUCCAGUCGGAGACUGACUGUUACGACAUCAUCGAGGUGCUGGGCAAGGGCACCUUCGGGGAGGUGGCCAAGGGCUGGCGGCGAAGCACGGGCGAGAUGGUGGCCAUCAAGAUCCUCAAGAAUGACGCCUACCGCAACCGCAUUAUCAAGAACGAGCUGAAGCUGCUGCGCUGCAUGAGGGGCCUGGACCCCGAGGAGGCCCACGUCAUCCGCUUCCUCGAGUUCUUCCACGACGCCCUCAAGUUCUACCUGGUUUUUGAGCUGCUGGAGCAAAACCUUUUCGAAUUCCAGAAGGAGAACAACUUCGCGCCCCUCCCCGCCCGCCACAUCCGCACGGUCACCCUGCAGGUGCUCAGGGCCCUGGCCAGGCUCAAGGAGCUGGCGAUCAUCCAUGCCGACCUCAAGCCCGAGAACAUCAUGCUGGUGGACCAGACCCGCUGCCCCUUCAGGGUCAAGGUGAUCGACUUCGGCUCAGCCAGCAUUUUCAGCGAGGUGCGCUACGUGAAGGAGCCGUACAUCCAGUCGCGCUUCUACCGGGCACCCGAGAUCCUGCUGGGGCUGCCCUUCUGCGAGAAGGUGGACGUGUGGUCCCUGGGCUGCGUCAUGGCCGAGCUGCACCUGGGCUGGCCCCUCUACCCAGGCAACAACGAGUACGACCAGGUGCGCUACAUCUGCGAGACCCAGGGCCUGCCCAAGCCCCACCUGCUGCACGCCGCCCGCAAGGCCCACCACUUCUUCAAGCGCAACCCCCACCCUGACGCCACCAACCCCUGGCAGCUCAAGUCCUCGGCCGACUACCUGGCCGAGACCAAGGUGCGGCCCCUGGAGCGUCGCAAGUACAUGCUCAAGUCUCUGGACCAGAUUGAGACGGUGAAUGGCAGCGGGGCAGCCAGUCGGCUGAACUUCCCGGACCGCGAGGCGCUGGCCGAGCACGCCGACCUCAAGAGCAUGGUGGAGCUGAUCAAGCGCAUGCUGACAUGGGAGUCGCACGAGCGCAUCAGCCCAAGCGCGGCCCUGCGCCACCCCUUCGUGUCCAUGCAGCAGUUGCGCAGCGCCCACGAGACCACCCGCUACUACCAGCUCUCGCUGCGCGGCUGCCGCCUCUCGCUGCAGGUGGAGGGCAAGCCCCCCACGCCCGUCGUGGCCGCUGCAGAAGACGGGCCCCCCUACUACCGGCUGGCCGAGGAGGAGGAGGCCGUGGGCAUGGGCAGUGUGGCGGGCAGCGGGUCCUUCUUCCGCGAGGAGAAGGCCCCGGGCAUGCAAAGGGCCAUCGACCAGCUAGACGACCUGAGUCUGCAGGAGGCAGGCCAUGGACUGUGGGGUGAGACCUGCACUGAUGCGGUCCCCGACAUGCUGGCCCCGCUCAAGGCGGCUGCCGCUGGCCGCCGGGGGCCCGACUCGGGCCCCGAGCCCAUCCUGGCUUUCUACGGCAGCCGCCUGGCAGGGCGCCACAAGGCCCGCAAGCUGCCCAUCGGCUCCAAGUCUGACUCCGGCUUCAGCAACCUCAUCCAGCUGAGCCAGGCCUCACCGGAGGAUGACGGGCCCUGCCGGGGCAGCGGCUGGGAGGAGGGAGAGCGCUGCGGGGCCUCCGCCGAGCCGCCCACCAUCCUUCAGCGGGACGGCGAUGGGCCGGACAUCAAGGAUCUGACCAUGGAUGCUGAGAGGCCAGGCCCUGACCUCUUCGACCCUGGCAGCUGUCCUGGGGAAUGGCUGAGUGAGCCAGACUGGAUCCUGGAGGGCGUCAGGGGGCCACGGGCUCAGGGGCUCCCGCCCCACCACACCCACCCACACGGUCCACCCCGGACCACCAGCUUUCUGCAGCACGUCGGCGGGCACCACUGAUGGUGACCCCACCGCUGCCCAUUGCUGGGGGCUGUGCUAGCUGGGGUGUCAUCCCCUCCUCAGAGCUAUCCCCGAACCCACAAAUUAUUCUUACAGAAAGACAGUUAUGCAGAAAUUCCCCAUUCCCCCCACCCCUGGCGCAUGCCUGCACACACACCCCGGACACAGAAGGGCCUUGGGGUCUGGCCCAUGGCCCCCUUGGCCAAAGACGCAGGGAGGGGGCUGCACCCUGCUGGCUCUGAGCACGCCCUCAGCCCCGCUGUCUCUGCCUAUUUCAAUAAAGAACCGUUCAGCA